AACAAGCCAUUAUUUUAUAGCUUUUGCUCUGACUUUCCUCAUCAAGUACAUUUUCACCAUGAAAUCAUCAAAAAUCCUGUUUUUCUUCCUUUUAACAGUGGCCUUGGCCACCAUUUUAUCAGCAAAGCAUCUUCCCCUGCCCAGAACUGGCCGUUUCCUUGCUGAUAAGCCCCGGGUGCAGUCCACAUGUGACCAGUUCCCCACCGUCUGCCGCAGCAAGGGCAGUUCCGGGCCGGACUGCUGCAACAAACAGUGUGUAGAUGUCAUGACGGAUAGGGACAACUGUGGAAAGUGCGGUAAGAAAUGCGGCUACUCCGAGAUGUGCUGUGACGGCGGCUGUGUGAAGCCCAGCGUGGAUGAGAAGCAUUGCGGCCGGUGCAACCACCGGUGCAAUAAAGGAAGCUCUUGUGUUUAUGGGUUGUGCAGCUACGCCUAGCUAGAAAAUUCUGGCUUUUUCUAGCUAGAAUGCUUCGGCUUCCCUCGAAUGUCUUGUGUUUUUCUAGUUUAAUUUUAUAUUAAUUACAAUAAUUAGAAAAAAGAAAUAUGGGUGUGAUACUAAUAAGAGGUUGAUGUUUUA